AUGAUACGUCCUCUAUGUAGAUUUUUGCAAAUUUUUCUUGGAAUCUAUUUGUUAUGUAAUAGUAUAUUUGGAAGAUGGACAAUCUUAAGCGUUAAGUCGAUGAAUUAUGGUGACGAAAAUAUUUUGAGAUCAAUUGAAUUUGAUCGUACUAAUAUUCCGAAAAACAUUCUUGUCGGAUCUUAUUAUGGUGAAAGUGAAGAUUCGUUGUUAUCAGAUAAUAAUAGGGGUAUUAAUGAAGGUAAUAUUGGUUUAAGUGAAUUUACAAAUUCACAUUUGAAAGAAUUAAUCACUCCAGAUAUUAGAAUGGGAUUCAUCCGAGGCCAAUAUCUUGAUAUAUUUGGAACAUUGUUAGGAAGUAAGAUUUUGGAUUAUACAAAAGAUCAAGAAAGAAUAAUGUACAAUUAUUUGUGA